AUGCAUGCAUGUGAAAAAUUUACUCAGAUGCCAAUUUCUGAACGACAAGCCACAGUUAUGCGUUUAAAGUUGUGCUUUAAUUGUUUAAAUUUGUGUCAUCAAGUAAAAUCUUGUAAAUAUCCUAGUUGUCCGAAAUGUAAUAAGCGACAUAAUUCAAAACUGCACGAGGAAUCUGCAUCUUCCGUUACCAACGAAGAUUACCAUAAUGAGCAAACUAACAUUCAAGGGGGCUCUGCGGUUCUUUAUACUGAAAGUGUGGGUAUUGCUAAAAAUCAAAGUAGUGUAAUGUUAGCUACUGUCUUGAUUUAUGUGAAUGAUAGUGUGGAUCAACGUCAUUUAUGUCGUGCCGUUCUAGACUCGGGAUCUCAAUUGAAUUUCAUAACUCAGUCCUGUGCCAAGAAGCUUAACUUAUCUUUGUCUGACCUUACAUUUAAUAUCGUUGGAGUUUCAUCUAUGUCAUCGACAGCCAAACGUCUCAAUACAACAACAAUUUUGUUUAGACUUGGCAAUUACCAAUAUAAUGUUAAUUUUUACUCAGUACCAAUAAUUGUCAACGCCUUACCUUCACAGUAUGUUAAUAGGAAUUCAGUGAUCAUACCUGAUCAUAUUAAGCGACAUUUGGCAGACCCACAAUUUCACCAGCCAGGGCCCAUUGAUAUAUUAAUAGGAGCGGAUGUAUUUUUUGACUUCUGGCUUAGUGAAAAAUAUUCGCUUCCUCACAGUACUAUACUUCAUCAAACCAAAUUUGGUUGGGUAGUUGAAGGGAAAUGGCCUGGUAUGGCCACAAUUUCAUUACAAUCUAAUUCAUGUAUGCUUAAUGAACCUGCCUGUUUAUUUUCAACUACUAAGUUGGCUCAGCGUACCCAAGAAGAAAAGGCAGCUGAGGAGCAUUUCAGCACAACACAUAGUCGUAAUGCUGAUGGUCGGUUUAUGUUAAGGCUCCCAUUCAUGCAAAGUCCAUCGCUUUUGGGUGAUUCUUUUAGCAUGGCACAGAGACGUUAUGGACACAUGGAACCCGCUGAACCUAUUAAUGAUGAACCUGUUUAUUACUUGCCUCAUCAUGCAGUCUUUAAACAUGAUAGUACAACCACCAAAAUUAGGGUAGUCUUUGAUGGCUCAGCUACUACUACAUCAGGGUUAUCUUUAAGUGAUAUAUUAUUAGAGGGACCAAAGGUACAAUUUGACAUCUUUCAUAUAUUAUUACGUUUUCGUUUGCAUCCUAUUGCUAUUACAGCGGAUGUGGCUAAAAUGUACAGGCAGAUUUUGUUACAUAUUAGAGACUGUAACUUACAGAGGAUACUUUAUCGUUCCCAACCUGUUGAACCAUUACAUGAAUUUAAUCUUCGAUCUAUUACUUAUGGUACGAAAAGUGCUUCAUUUUUAGCUACCCGCUGCCUAACUCAAAUAUCACAAGAAUUGCCUUGCACCAUAACCCGUCGGAUAAUAACUGAAGAUUUUUAUGUGGACGACCUAAUCAGUGGUGGAAGUACCGAGGAAGAAUGUUAUACCAUUUACGAAAGGCUCUAUUUAACGUUAGAAAAGUUUGGUUUUCCUUUGCAUAAAUGGUGCUGCAGUUCCCAGGCCGUUAUAGAUAGAUUUUCGAAGGCAGAAAGGGACCCUAAUUUUAUGGUAGAAUUAAAGGAUAACGAAGUUAUAAGUGCUCUUGGCUUAUUAGUAGCUUCUCUUAAGGCAUCAACAAUUUCUAGGCUUGAAUUUUGUGGUGCGCUACUGUUAGCAGAACUUUUAGUUGAGGUUCAGAAAGAGUUGACGAAGUUAAAUUUUGUUAUUCCGCAACGAGAUGUAUAUUUAUGGACCGAUUCAACUAUUGCGCCGCCUUACCAAUGGCCGUUGGUUCGAGUGUCUACUGUUCAUCCAGGAACCGAUGGAAUUGUCCGUGCCGUUACUGUGAGAAAUUCUGGCGGAACAGAGUUUAAACGUCCUGUGGUAAAACUGGCUUUUCUACCUACUGCUGAUUAUAAUGAAAUGGAUGAACAUAACCCCCUAUAA